AUGGCGCUGUCCUGCCUACUGUGCCCCCUUCUCCAGCUGCUGCUCCCCGCCUGUCUCCCUCAUGCCUUGCUGGCGCAGUCAAAGUUCUACAUCCGGGAGCCACCAAAUGACAAACCCGACUGGCUCAAAGUGGGGCUGACCUUGGGCAACACCGCAGUCUUGUGGAGUCUCCUCAUCACACAACAUAAUGAAGAUGCUGCAGCGUAUAAAAGAAGAAAUGGAUUGGAAAUAUAUGAUUGA